AGUCUUUCUUGCAAAGUACAAGGAAGCAAGCAACCUCGACUCGGUCGUGUAAGAACAUCUAAAACUGUUAACAUCAACUGAGCCUUUGGAGGAAGAUCAUCCAGGUCUUAUAAAUGCGUAACUGCGCUUUUGCUAGCGGGUGUUUUGGUUUCGACCCGUCGAGGAAUAGUGACAUGCUAAAUAAUGGAGGAAUUCUUGAUGAACGAAGACCAGGAAGUGAUAAGUUAAAGUAAAGGGAAGCGAACAGAUUAGAGACCCAGCCUGACACAGAAGAGCUGCAUACACCCAACCAUGUCUACAGAGAUGAUGAUGCAGUUCUGUCUCAUGGACCGAAGCAGCAGCUUUUUUAAGCUGAUUGACACGUUCUCCAAGGAGAUCUCAGAGCUAAAGCAGGAGAUGGUUCAGCCAGCCAGAGAGCCGGAGACAGAGAUCUUACAGGGUCUGGAAGGAGAGGUCAGCGGUCUUUUCCUUCAGUCUUCUGCCUGCGUUGGUACACCUGGGGUGAGGGAUUCUGGAUAUGACUCUCUACGCAGACGCAUGAGCAUCCUGGACAGACUGACGCAGACACACUCUGUAUGGUUGCUACUGUCUCUCAGCGAUGAGGAAGCCAGACGCAUUCUGCAGCCGCAGCCGGCAGGGAGUUUUGUGGUGAGGAGGUGUUAUAAACUGCAGAAAAAGGUGAUUUCCCUACGUAUGGACAGUGACACACUGAUUGUUCGGGACUUCCCAAUUAAAGAGAGCCAAUAUACUUUUUCUCUGGAGGGCUCAGGGAUCAGCUUUGCAGACCUCUUUCGACUGGUGGCGUUCUGCUGUAUCAGCAGGGACGUUCUGCCUUUCACACUGAAGCUGCCCGAGGCCAUCGCAGCUGCAAAGACCCCUAAAGAUCUGGAGGAGGUGGCUCACUUGGGAAGAGGUUUCUGGGACUCUGAACUGUGCAAUAAGAGGAAGUCUUCUGUGUCUGGGGAGACUGUGUGUGAAAUUUCACAACAGAGACUGAAACAGUGGUUAUCCCCAAGCAUUCCGGCCAUCCCAUUCACACGGACCCCUUCUGAACUUGAAUGCAGUCAAUCCAACAGAGCGCUGUGCUUCAUCAAUCCCCUCUUCCUGCAGACACACCAAACUAACCCUUCACCUAAAAAGCAAGAAUCAUCCCCGGGCAACGCAGAUCGCCAGAUCAGGGAAGACAGCAUCUUUUGCCGUGCAAAAAGCACGCAAAACAAAUCACACGCAAGUGUGAGUAGAUCCAAGAGCGAGAGAUCCCCGCCACCUCGGCCCCCACCUCCCCACUUUGCCUCCGGCAGAUCAGCAGUUCUUCGUAAACAGAAGACCAUGCCUGAGACGGUCUGUUGGAUCAAAACGCCUCAGGGAAAGAGCAGCCUUCUGGGGAGGUUGGGAUCAUCCUUCAGUUCCUUAUCACCCUCAUCCUCCCCACCCAAAAAGUUCAGUAAACCCAUCCUGGUGCCCUCACCCCGCAGUAAGAAUUCCUCCGGUCUGCUCGAUGCAGACGGCCUCCGCUGCCACAUGGCCCUGGAUGACCAGACCAUUGAGGAAGCCGUGUCUUGGAGCUUGGCCAAGCUGUCCUCACGCAACUCUACCGCCCUGGAGAACGGCAGCCCUGCAGAUGAACGCUGCUCCACCGGACGAGAGCGUCUGAGCGAUAUCAGCAUCUCCACCUCAUCCUCAGACUCUCUCGACUUCACCCACGGCUUCCCGCUGCCCAUGGAGGCCAGUCCCUCCAGAACCGAGAGGCCCACUGGUGACAGCAGCCUGGAGGAGGAGGAAGAGGAAGAAGAUGAUGGCAUCAACUUGGAGAGCGACCAGGAGGUGCCACCACCCUUUAAGUCAAAGAAGCAGAAUGGCGCUGGUACGUUCGUGCUGCCGCGUGCACUGAGAGGACAAUUGCGCAAGAUGAGCAGCGUUCUCAAUUCUUUGAUGACGCCCGAGAAGAGAGCCAUUCGGAAGAUUGUCGAGCAAUCCAGGGAUAAAGGGACUUACUUUGGCUGCCUGGUGCAGGACUACGUGAGCUUCUUGCAGGAGAACCGCGGCUGCCACACAUCAGGCUUGGACCUGCUGCAGACUCUCAGGCAGUUCAUGACUCAGAUGAAGUCCUACCUGCUGCAGAGCUCAGAGCUUGACCCGCCAAUUGAGUCACUUAUCCCGGAGGAUCAAAUAGAUCAGGUGAUGGAGAAAGCCAUGCACAAGUGUGUGCUGAAGCCUCUGAAGCCUGUGAUAGAGGCCGCCUUGCGGGACUUCCAGGUGAGCAGUGGGACUUGGCAGCAGCUGAAAGAGAAUCUGGUUUUGGCCAAAGCCAAGCAGCCCCAGGAGAUGGGUGUGGAUGGAGCUCUGCCUCCUGACCCAGUGGCCAUAGAGAAGAUUCGCCACAAGUUCCACAACAUGUGCAAGAUGUACUCACCAGAGAAGAAAGUGUCUCUGCUUCUCAGUGUGUGCAAGCUUAUCUACACCAUAAUGGAGAGCAACUCAGGGAGGAUGUAUGGUGCAGAUGACUUCCUGCCCAUGCUUACAUAUGUGAUGGCCCAGUGUGACAUGCCACAACUGGAUGCUGAAAUAGAGUACAUGAUGGAGUUACUGGACCCAUCACUGCUUCAUGGAGAAGGUACAUUAGACCCCGGUUUCCACAUAUUCGUCACAAAUACUGCGCAACUGCAAUAA